CCUUGCUAAUGAUUGCUGAGCUAAUAUUUUGUCAAUGUGAUGCCUUGCAAUGGAGCUUGUUUGUCUGCGCUAUGGAAUACAUUAAUUAUACUUAAAAUUAUUUCUUUUGUACCUUACAAUGUGACUUUUAUUCUCAUGUUUUAUCUCAUGCAAAACUACAUAGGAACUAACCCAAUUGAUGCUUCGUGCCUCCCUGCAUGCUAAGGUGCCCAGACUGGCUAACUGGAACAAUAGAGCCAGAUAGAGAAGCUCAGGGCCUUCUUGGAGAUCCCGUGACUUGUGUUGUGAGGGAGAUUAAAUUAGAGCACAGCCCUGCUGUUCUGCUAACAUUUGUACAGCUCAGACUGUUUACAUCUGGGCUUUUCCUUCUGAGCUGUGCAGGACUCCAGGGAAUGAGUCCCAUGAGCCUUUGGAAGAAAAAUACUGGAUAAUUCCUGUCCUCCUUCACUCCUUUUCUAAAAGGCAUGGCUGAGGUCAGAUGCAUACUCAGAAACCUGGUUGGAUUUACUCCAGUCAUUCAGUGACAGAGGGAGCAGAGAAAGACCUCUGGGUUAUCUGUGCUUCUGGGGAUCUAGACUAGUGGUUGGUGCAGAGGAGAUCUGAGAGAUCACCUGGACAAAAGCAAAGGAUCUCGGCAGGGGAAGCCUGAAUAUGACACAAGAGAUAAGGAAACUUCCACAAAAACAAUGUCAGUAAGUUUGCUGCAUCGGUGAUGUGUCCUCUCUUAGUAAGAUGCAGAGGAGAUUUUAAAACAUUAAAAGUUGGAAAACCUGGGUACAGAAAUACUGCAUUUUAUGUAUAAUAGACUCAAACCUACAAGAGUGAAUGAAGACAUUUCCAAUGUUUUUGCUAUUAAUUCAGAUAAUGUUAUAAAGCAUAUUGGGAGUGGGGUGGGAAGAGGGGAGGGGUGGGAUUGGGACCUAUAAGGAAUUCAUCUUUUUAUAUAAUAUCUUUUAUUUCACAUUUAUUUGUUUCCAGAGUACAUUUUCUAGGUGAGAUCUAUUGAAAACGAUAGACUUUCAGAUUUAAAGCAAAGAAAAAAAUCCUGAGUUGUGACUGGGCUAGCAUUUUCUUCACUUUCUAAAUGAAAUAUCAAAAUAAUGUAUUUUAUGUAGGAUCUUGCCAGGGAAAAAUUAUUUAUUAAAAUUGAAUUUUCCAUGGGGCAAACAAUGGAAUAUUUCCAUUCUUAGCAUGAAAUUUGGAGACAUUAUUAAUAGGAAUAUCAAAGCCACUGAGUUUGUUACUCUCCUCCUUACCAUGGCCCUUGUUUUAUUAUACCCAGGACUUGCACAGUGCCCUGGGAAGGAAGAUGCCCAACUGGACCACUGUAACCAAGUUCCUCCUCCUGGGCUUCUCUGACACUCGGGAGCUGCAGAUCUUACACUUUGUCAUCUUUCUCGCAGCAUACCUGGCAGCUCUGGUGGGGAACCUCCUUGUUAUCACUGUUGUAACUACAGACCACCACCUCCACAGCGCCAUGUACUAUUUUUUGGUAAAUUUGUCCAUCCUUGACCUUGGCUCUAUCUCAGUGACCAUGCCCAAAUCCAUGUUUAACUCUUUAUUGAACACCAGGCAGAUAUCCUAUACUGGAUGUGUGUCCCAGGACUUUCUCUUCUUGCUCUAUUGUGCAGCUGAUGUUGCCUUCCUUACCAUCAUGGCAUGUGACCGGUACAUUGCCAUCUGCAAGACACUGCAUUAUGAGAUAAUAAUGAACAGGAGAGCUUGUGUCCAGAUGGCUGCCUGUGCUUGGGCUGCUGGUGUCAUCUACUCUGCACUGCACACUGGGAACACCUUUAGUCUACCCUUCUGCCACUCAAAUACCAUCAACCAGUUCUUCUGUGAAAUACCUCAGCUGCUCAAGCUCUCCUGCUCUAACACUUACCACAGAGAGCUGGCAGCUCUUGCCUUCAGUGUGUAUUUAGGUUUAGUCUGUUUUGUUUUCAUCGUUGUGUCAUAUGUUCAGAUCUUCACCGCAGUGUGGAGAAUCCCCUCUGAGCAGGGCCGGCAGAAAGCCUUCUCCACCUGCAUUCCUCACCUUAUCGUGGUCUCCCUGUUUCUUUCCACUGGCGGCAUUGCCUACAUGAAGCCCAUCUCUGACUCCCCGUCCCCUCUGGAUCUCCUGCCAGCUGUUCUGUAUUCUGUGGUGCCUCCAUUGAUGAAUCUGGUCAUCUACAGCAUGAGGAAUAAGGAGAUCGAAACUGCCCUGAGGAACCUGCUCCACAGGCUGAUCAUCUCCAGGAACAAUAUGUCCAUCUUUCUUUCAUGACUUUCCUUUUUGUAUAUUUUUCUUUUCUAAUUUUCACAUGAAAUUAUUUUUUUUUCAUGGUAUUGUGUGAAUCUUACAUAUUAAAAAUGAAGGUGGUGGGUUAAUUCUGUAACUUUAUACGGUCAAAGACUUGGCUUUUAUCAUUUUGGUUGACACUCUUGAAGUGGGAAAGUAAUGUUUCAUGCGUCAAUUUUACUGUCUUUGCAGCAUCUAAAAUAUAUCCCAUCAAUUGCAAGAUAAUGAAGAAUUAAAGUAUUUUGUUUACUAAUUGGUGUAAUCAAUUAUUCGGAUGACAGAAUAUACAGGCAAAUAUCCAGAUGGUGUGAAUCUGGAAUGAAGUGCAAGUACUUUAGGGGACAGGGACAGAGUUCAGUUGGAUGUGGAUAGACUGGGGAGCUGGGUUUGAAACAAUAAGACCAGGGAGAGGGGAGACAUGAGGGUGUAUACAUUGUUUAGCUUCUUACCCCCCGCCCCCCACUGGGUAUAAGUACACAGUGUGCAGCCCCCAACCAUUCCCUGCCUGGUUCAAGUGCCAUGCAGUACAAGGUGUAUAUGUUGUCUAGCUUCUUACCCCCUCGAU